UUAACCACAUCUGGAGGCCAUGGUUUUCCAGGUACCGCUGAAUUAACGCGGCAAAAACACGCGCUAAUCGCCAACGUUAAAAACGGUAUAUGGUGUAAUUAUAUUGCAUACUAAGGAUACUAUCAGUAUGAACUGAUUUUAUUCCCAUUUUUCAUGGAUUAUAAAAUGACCUGUAUGAGAACGCCUAAGCCAUGCACACAUGGUUGUGCAUACGCGGUCCUUGGUGUCUUCUUACUCCUGAACGGCCAGCACGAUUGCCAACUGCCGACACCAUUCCCACAAUGCCGCCACCGCAUCCGCUCCAAGGUGAUUGUCCUGAUCAAAGCAUUCUACUGGUGCGUUGUCUCCUUUUUCCUCCUGUUAAGCGCCCUGAUCCUGGUGCAUUCCACGAUUGCCCUGGGAAUUCUGACCUUUAUCGAAUACUCACGCUACGUUUUCGGCUAUGAAGCGGCAGUGUUGAUGCUCAUUGCUUUUCAGUACAAGCAGUCUGCCUUCCAUGCCAUCUGCGCUCGCAGACCACCAAAGGCGGCAGCCGAGUGUCCUGAAAACAAAUGCGGUGAUUUAUUAUUCUCGUUGUUUUAUGCGCUGGUGCAUAUUGGGACCCUCGUCCUGAUCAUGUACGAAUACACAUUUACGACGCUACAGAUGGACAUGGAUGUCAACUAUUUCGAGAUGAUGGGCGGGGUGUGGCUGCCAUUGUGGGCGUGGCAGUGUGUGGUGUAUCCGUUGAUGGGUUUUCCGCAGAUGUUGUCGUUACUGGUCGUGGCUAUUCUCUGCCGGCGCAUCUGUGAAGGAAUUCGGCUGAUUCGCUGCGAAUUGACGGAGAGUAGUGUGGAAGAAAUUCGAGCAAAAGUCACGAGCGUCAGGAAGUAUAUUCAGGCGCUGGAAGAAGCGUUUUCGUUGAUUCUACUAAUGCAUAUUGCCGCGUGCAGUUUGACGGUGUUGGGCUUUGUCCAGAGCUUUCGAAAUCCAAAGCUGACCGGCUCGGCGACGGUGCUGAUACCGGUGUCGAUUAUUGCGUUGCUUGCCGCGUCCAUGUUGGUGCCGAUCGUCUUGACCAUUAAACUUCAGGACGAGUUGGAACUGGCAUUGGAAAAGUUUCUUUCGCAAUUGGACGAUUCUCCAAAUUCACCAACAGUGUAUGGUUUGGUGGAAAGGGAAAUUUCAUCGCCGGAUCUGGCUGAAAUUGAGAGUCUACGGAAUUUUCUACGCUCGGUGCGACAAAUGCCGCCACGGUUAACUGGCGGACGGUUCUUCAUCAUCGACCGGGGAUUUAUCGCUGCGAUGAUUGGAUUUUUUGCCACGUAUGCCGUUCUGGUCAAAGAAAUCCUCAAGGGCGCGCCCAUCGUCAGUUACAACACAACACGGACUGAUUUGUAAAUCAGCACUGUGUGCAAAAGUGAGCGUUCAUAUUGUGUUUCUGAAUUUUCUAAACGCAGUAUACUGCGCUCAUGUUUGCGCUGCGCAGCGCUGCGUUAUGAUUUUGGUUCGGGUUGCAAAGAUUUGCGGUAUAUUGCGGCCGAAAAUUGUUGCUCCUUUGUAUAUACAGUCGAAAA